AUCGCGUUUUCUUGCGGUUUAAUUACACAAACUCUCAUGAUGCUUUGAGAGAUUACUUAUUAUAAGCUAGUGUACUGCAACUGCAGCCGGCGCGCACGACUUCGAGAAACUUUACACCAGCUAGAACCAGUGUGAUAGGGACAACUCAAUCACAACCGGCGGUAUAUGCAACGUUCUCAGUCUUGUAUUGGGAUUAUUUGACUAGCACAGUUUUUUCAUCACAUGUUUAUCGUUGAACAGAAUGUCGUUCAGAAUGUUUUUGCAAUUCGCCGGUCAAACCGUCUCCGUCUUAAUUCUCGUAUUAUUCGCAACAUCGGAUGCCCAAGUCUUUGGUCGGACGGACCCUAUAUCUCCCGGAAGCGCUGCACAACAACGCUCGGCUGAUGACGAGGAAAUGGAUUAUGCUGAUCUUUUGGAAGCUGAAGGCAGCGGCAAGGAGCCGAUGGUACAGCGCUUAACUGUGGACACUUCACGUUUGAAAACACCGGAACCAGCCGUCCUCGGGACUGAGGAGAUGGUCAACAAGAAUGAGAAUAUGGUCAACGAGACCGAUGUUGUAGUUAAGGAGUUGUCCAGGCUGAAAAGCGGCGCCAGCGCCAGGAUGUCGCUGGUGGUGGCGCUUUAUGUUUGUACAUUGGUCUUUCUCUUUUGAGAGACUGUUUGUACUAUCAUAUCUUUCACAGUCUAAAGCUCAACAACAAAAACAGAGAACUCAUGAAAAAAGUGUUGUUCGAGUUCUUAGCUUUCUUAGUUAUGGCA